UGUGUUUUUUUUAUUAUAUGCAAUAAUAUUAUUUAGUGUUUAGAAUAAUGUGGUUGCUACUCCUCUUGAUAUCGCCAUGCCUGGCGCAAUUCCAGCUGCACCGGGAGCCCCCUAUCCCCGUCGACGCGCCCAGGUCAUCCAGGAUGCCGACAACAGGCUGGCUGCAAGUCCGGCUGAACCACUUCAUGGCGUACGACACGAGGACUUUUGCUAUGAGAUACUACUACAACAACCAGUUCGCUGACAUUCAGAAUCCCAACAUUGUGAUCUUCGUUGGAGGAGAGUGGGAGAUCACUCCCGACUAUAUGCGACUCGGCUUGGCCUACGAGAUGGCGAGAGAAAUGGGAGCUGGACUCUUCUACACGGAGCAUCGGUACUAUGGACAAACCUUGCCCUUCGAAGACUCAAGCAUACCGAACCUGGCCUUCCUUAACAUCGACCAGGCGCUGGCAGACCUCGCGCAGUUCAUACAGCAUGUCAAGAGUGAUCAGUUUGAAGGUGGACGGUACAGGAACGCGAGUGUAUCUCUGGUGGGGUGUUCGUACGCUGGUACCAUGGCCACGUGGAUGAGGAUGGCAUACCCUCACCUGGUGAACGCUGCCUUCUCCGACAGCGGACCCUUGCAGCCUCAAGAGGAGUUUCCAGAAUACUUGGAAAUCGUGGCAAAAGCCUUGGCGGAGCAGGGUAGUCAAGAGUGUGUGGAUGCCAUCGAAGCAGGAGUGCAGGGAGUUUUGGACCUGCUGGCCACCCCCACGGGGCCAGCCCAGGUCUCCGAAAUAUUCCAGACGUGUGAGCCACUUAACGCAGCCUCUCCGCUAGAUGUCACUUUAUUCUUCGGUAGCACUGUCAUCUACCAUUAUGCAGCUCUGGUGCAGUACGCCACUGGUACUCAAAUUGCAAAUCACUGCAGAAUACUUCUUGCAAGUGCUGAGCCGGAUCCCGUAAGACGACUGGCGGCAGUGAUUAGAAGAGAUGAAUGCGUAGAAACUCGCUACUCGGUGUUGAUAGAACAAUACAGAAACACCAGUUACGAUUCACGUCUUUCCACUUUACGUCUCUGGAUGCACCAGACAUGUGUGGAGUACGGUUGGUACCAGACUACCUCGGGUACGAAUCACCCGUUCAAGUCCAUUAUGCCAUUGGAGUAUUACCAUCAUUUGUGCAGGGAUAUCUUCUCCAGCGAUUUCAAUGAAGAAAAGCUGAGAGCAGGGAUCGACCGUACGAAAAUAUUUUUCGGGGGCUGGGCUCAUAUGCCAGAUCGCGUGGUAUCAGUCGCUGGAGGUCACGACCCGUGGUCCCCAUUGGGCCCCAACGAAUCCCACGCCCAUCAUAACGCACCAGUCUACUUGGUACCCAACACUACUCACUGCAAAGCUAUCCUGCCCACGAGCGUCCUUGACAGUUCAGAGUUAAUCAGAGUGAGGAGGGCAGUAAUGGACAGAAUGCACGAGUUUGCUUCUACGAGACCUGACUCUCCAACAACAGUUCCACCGACAGAUCCAACGACAGAGGCUGCGCCUGGUAGCGCGACCAGCGUUGCUGCCAGUACCCUAAUGCUUCUCCUGACCACACUAGCUUUGGCCUAGAGAAGGAAACUUUAUCAGAUCACGUAUUUAACAAUGGAAUGCAAAAUUUGCUAACAGCAAAGCGCCAACUCAUUAUUUCCUGGUCAUACAAACACAAUGGUUAAAAAAUGAGCAGGUGCUCAUUCCUUUGGCACUUUAGCAUU